AUGGUGGACGACAAAGACCAAGAACUGGUAGACGACAAUGACGACGACCCCUUCACUACUUAUCCCAAAGGACAUCAUCGAGUCGACACUACUGGAGAUGUGGAGCUGACGCGGCGCAGCAGUUCUGGGCGGCACUCUGAACGCGAAGAAGACGACCAAUUCUAUGAUGAACAUGACGAGAAUGACAUGGACAAGAGUGAGCAUCACACCAUAGGUUCUGCCCGAACGCCGUGGUACCUGACGGCCAUUGUGUUAUUGUCAGAAGUCAUGGGAACGGGAAUUCUUUCGCUGCCGUAUGCGGCCAAGACCUUGGGGUGGGUUUGUGUGAUUGUCUCUGUGCCUCUGUUUGCGGCCUUCUCAGCCUACUCGGGAUACCUGUUAGCAAGUGUCCAUCAGAAACAUCCCAACUUGCACAGCUUUGCCGAAGCAGCUAGCUCCUUGUUAGGCGAGAGAUUUGGAACCAUUACAAAAAUUUCCAUGUUGCUCAAUUGGGGCGCCACUGCCAUUUACUAUUUGAUUGCUACGGCUGAUGCCGUUCAUGACAUUGUGGGCCUCCAGUGUGACUAUCAGCGCGCUCUUAUUGCUUCUUUGCUGCUGAUACUGCCCUGCCAAUGCAGAGAUUUUCAUGCCAUUUCCAAGUACUUGUCAGGACCUUCAACUUGUGCUAUUAUUGUCAUGGUCUUUAUCAUCAUUGGCAAUCUGCUGUCUUCUGCUGAUGGGACUUUUGGAGACACCACGACACUGUGGCCUCCACCCGGUACCACUCCACUCCAAUUCUUGGAAGCACUGAGUGCCUUUGUUUUUGCCUAUCAAGGUCACGCCAUCUUUUUGGAACUCAUGGCCGAAAUGAAACAAGCCAGUGACUUCCCCUAUUCUUGCACAUCGGCCUACAUGCUCAUGUGUGUCAUGUACGGCCUUACCGUUAUAGCAGCCUAUGGAUUGAGAGGAGCUUCCACAGAAGAGUUCCUACCCGACAUAUUACCAGCGGGAACAGCUCGCAAAGUGGUAGGGUCGCUGGUUUGCCUCCACAUUUGCGUGUCCUAUGUGAUUGCUGGUCAACCCCUCCACAUGUGGUUGCAUGCCACUGUGUUCCCCAAAACGUAUCAAACGUCGGGGAGACAAGGCACACUCCACUGGUUGAUAGUAACCUGUGGAUUCUUGGUGUUUGGUUUCGUAGUGGGGAAUCUGAUACCCUUCUUUGCCGACGUGCAAGCACUGAUCGGAUCGCUCUUUGGGGCUCCCACCGUAUUUGGUUGGCCCGUCGCCUUUUAUUGGGCGGUGCAUAGACGGGAGGGCGCUAGCAUAGGCUUGAAUCACUCGACCGUCAUUGGUGGCCUCUUCUUGCUGGUCUUUACGCCCCUGUUCUGCAUUUUGGGAACCUCGGGUGCCAUUGCCUCCAUUGUGAGAGAUGCCGAACACGCCGCAACGCCCUUCGAAUGCGAUUGA